AUGGCUCCAAGACAAAAAGUGGGGACCAAUUCCUCCCCUAAACCUGAUGAUGACGCUCCAGUGGGGAACAUCCCGCCAGCUUACUCCACUCUGGACCUGGUGAGCGAGGAUCCAGAUGCAGAUCCCUGGAAUGCCCCAGAGCUCAUAGACAAUGGGGUCAAGUGGUCAGAGCUGGAUACAAAAGGGAAGAUGAUGACAAUUCUGACAGGUUUACUGAAGCUGGUUGCGCUGCUGGGUCUUCUCUACUUCUUUAUUUGCUCUCUGGAUGUUCUCAGCUCUGCUUUCCAGCUGGUCGGAGGCAAAGCUGCUGGUGACAUCUUCAAGGACAAUGCUGUGUUGGCCAACCCUGUGGCCGGGCUAGUGAUCGGGGUGUUAGUCACAGUGAUGGUGCAGAGCUCCAGCACCUCCUCCUCCAUUGUGGUCAGCAUGGUGUCCUCUGGACUGCUGGAUGUCCAGUCUGCAGUGCCGAUCAUCAUGGGAGCCAACAUUGGAACUUCUGUCACCAACACGAUCGUAGCUAUGAUGCAGGCAGGAGAUCGAAACGAGUUCCGCAGGGCGUUUGCCGGUGCCACAGUGCACGACUUCUUCAACUGGCUCGCUGUGCUGAUUCUCCUCCCGCUGGAGUUAGCUACAGGUGUCCUGUACAAACUCACCCACCUCAUCAUCGAAUCCUUCAACAUCCAGGGAGGAGAGGACGCACCCGACCUGCUCAACGUCAUCACAGACCCUCUCACCGACUCCAUCGUCCAGCUGGACAAAAAUGUGAUCUCCCUCAUCGCCACCAAUGACGCAGCAGCCGAAAACAUGAGUCUGAUCAAAGUGUGGUGCAAGACGGAGACCAACGUGACUUUCUGGAAUGUGACAGUGGAGAACUGCACAGCCGGUGCCCUCUGUUGGGAAGAAGGAAACCUGACCUGGACCAUGAUGAACAGGACAUGGAUAAAUCACCUACAGAGAUGCAAACAUAUCUUCGCCAGUACGACACUGCCCGACCUGGCCGUGGGCCUCAUUCUUCUGGCGCUGUCCUUGUUCAUCCUCUGCACAUGCCUCAUCCUCAUUGUCAAGCUGCUCAACUCCAUGCUGAAGGGACAGGUGGCUGUGGUCAUCAAGAAAGUGAUCAACACAGACUUCCCCUUCCCCUUCAGCUGGGUUACUGGAUACAUUGCAAUUUUUGUUGGAGCAGGGAUGACCUUCAUCGUUCAGAGCAGCUCUGUGUUUACCUCAGCUAUAACUCCUCUCGUUGGUAUCGGUGUUAUUAGCCUCGAGAGAGCCUAUCCUUUGACCCUGGGGUCAAAUAUUGGUACAACAACCACUGCUAUACUUGCUGCUAUGGCUAGUCCUGCAGAAAAACUAAAAGAAUCACUGCAGAUUGCACUUUGCCAUUUCUUCUUCAACGUCAUGGGUAUCUUACUGUUCUAUCCGAUCCCCUUCACGCGGGUGCCCAUCAGGUUGGCCAGAGGGCUGGGCAACCAUACGGCUAAAUACCGCUGGUUUGCCGGCCUCUACCUCAUCCUGUGCUUCUUGGUUUUCCCUCUGACUGUGUUCGGCCUGUCAAUGGCUGGCUGGCAGGUCCUCGUUGGAGUCGGCGUGCCAUUCGUUGUGUUGGUUGUCUUUGUGAUAAUCGUCAACGUGAUGCAGUCUCGAUGCCCCCGCUUCCUGCCCAAGCUCCUACAAGACUGGGACUUUUUGCCCCGACCUCUGCAUUCCAUGGCGCCUUGGGACACUGUGGUGACCUCGGCCUUAGGGUUCUGCGGCAAAUACUGCUGCUGCUGUUGUAAAUGCUGCAAGAAAACUGAAGAUGAGAAGAUGAUGAAAAACAACACCAAGAGCCUAGAGAUGUACGAUAACCCCUCCAUGUUGAAAGACGAGGACACGAAGGAGGCCGUCAAAGCAACACAUCUGUAA